AUGGAGGCCUCCUUGCCCGAAGGCUCCCCCGAGUUGCAACACUCUCCGUCCGAUUCGCACGCGUUGUUCGAUCGGCUCCCAGCCAAUGUGAUUGAACGCAUCCUAUUUGCCGCUGAUGCUAAUACAUUCGCAUCUUUGGCUCUUCUAAAUCAAACGUGGAAGCAUGCAUCCGAUACCCCGGCAUUAUAUGCAUAUCACCUGACGCGUUGUCCCUCAUUUUCUUGGACUCAUGGCGCCAAUCCUUUAAUUGACACGGAGAGCCUCACUGAUCUCAAGCGUCUGUUUUUGAAAGAGAUCAGGCAAAAUGCAUUCGACGUGUUUCUACGGCCUCGACAGACCCUCGUGAGGCUAAUUUCAAGUUCUAUGAGCUCCUCCACAGCAUUUCCCCAAGGAGAAGUUUUUCGAUUUUCUUUUUCUGCAAAUGGCCAAAUGGUUCUAUGUAUCAGCUCCUCUCGCAUUGUCAUAUUGGAUGUAGCAUCUGAUCCAGUCGCCGUGAAGCAUGAAUUACAGACUCGGAGAAGACCACUGGGCGCCGCAGUUCGGGAUGACGGCUCGCUCAUUGCUGUUUUGUCUUCCACGCAUCGAGUUCAUAUUUACCAGCUCUCUGACGAUGAAGCUAUCCACAUACAAGUGAUUACACUGAAUGAUGCCCCGAGAGACAUCGCAUUCUCACCAACAGGGAGCAUUCUAGCAUUGGCUUUUGAAGAUAGCAUCGAGGUUUAUGCUGUGGGCGAGGAUGCUAAGCCGACAGACCGCCGCGCGGUGCGCUGUCUUCGUGUCGAUGGACUUUCAUUCUCCCCCGAUGGAUCAAUGCUUCUCGGGUCGUCAUCUGAUUGCGAGCGAGAUGGCGUUGUUGCGAUCACAGCACCGUUUUACACGGAGACUGGAACAGACGCCUCGCCUGAAGAGCUUCACUCGCGAAUGUGGACAACACAAAUUCUCUUCCCUGAGAUCACACGCGGUUGCACUCACGCUUGCCUCAUUGCUGGUCAUGAGGAUUCGGAUGAGAAUUGGGUUAUGGGUUAUGAUAGCCAAUUGGCAGCGUUCAGGGCUCUGAGAUUGAACGAUGUGAAUGCGGGGGUUGUCUAUUUUGCCAGCCCAUUUAUCCCAGACGAAACAAGAGAGAUGCAACCAAGCAUGGCACCUGCCACGGACGAUGCAGGAGAACUUGUUGCUUUGGGAUUCCAAGACUCCACUCUGUGUAUUUAUGGAGUACCAGGACGCUUGGACCUUACUGCUCCAGCUACAGGCACUCCAAAUGAGCUCACUGGUACUAAAUUUGGUGGUACACAUCACUGUGAAGGCCGCCCACCUCGUGACAACCUCGCGCAGCUUCAAAAGAUCAUUCAACAACCUAAAAUAUUGAUUCGUGGACGCCAUGUAGCCGACAUGAAAGGUGUCACAUCUGCUCGCUGGGUACGAGCGACUGGUUCAACAGAAACCAAACGACACUACCGUAGGCUUGUCGCGGUCGCUCCAGGUGGUGUGCGUCCACAGAUAUUUGGCGAGGAGGAUAUCCCAGUUGACGGUGGUCGGGUGCUUCUUCUGGAUUUUGAACGGUGUACAACCAAUGGCGAAAUAUUGGAGCUUGAUAUUGAAGUCGGAGAAACGGCUCCCAAAAUCCUCAGGGAGCCCGACUCCUCUAUGGACACCGAGGUUGAACUUGAAAGAAGACGAACACGAUUGCACCGUGGAGAUACCGCUACAACUUUCGCAUCUGCUAGUCAUCAGCGAUUAGCAGCUCCCCGAGAUGGUCGGGCAUUGCCGUUUCAUUUCCGUCGAUUCAGUGUUACAAGCCCUACCUUGCCAGCUGACACAUCUCGAGGCGAUGCCCUCGAUCUGCCAUACGACAACACCCAACCUCGCUCUAGUGAUGUUCUUCACCGCGCUGCUACAGCAGCUGCAUCCACCCGUGGGCGAUAUGAUCCACGUUAUCGUAACUCCCCCAGUCGACGAAACCUUCCUCAUGAAAGUGACACCGAUAACUGGGUACCACCACCUCCUCCAUAUAAACAGGAAACAGAGGCACCGUUGCCAGAUGAUCUACUUAGAACCCUUCUUCCGAGAAAUAUGGUAGGCCCACACGCUGUCAACGACUCUGUCAAUCAUCCUGAGCGAGCACAAACUACUCGCAUUGCACGGCCGACGGUAUCAACUCGACCACGCCCACAAUCGGCCAUUUUACAAAGACUGGGUAAUUUAACUGGAUCCAGGCGCAGGGGUAGUUCAAUUGGAAGAGACGAUCUUUACUUCAGCCAGCAAUCCGAGAGCCCAACUAUCUCAGCGCCUCGAGAACAAUCCAUCAAUGAUAUUCUACCAUCAACCGAAGAGCAAACCCCAUACCCAGAUACAGCAGCAUCUUUGGCACAUCACCACCCAGCAGUCCAAGCACCUCCCACGUUUGCCGUGCAUCCAGCGGAACAGAUCAUUCAAGAGAAUCCAAUGCCCCUCCCAUAUCUAGGAGCAUCUGCGCUAGGCGAUGCCUACUUCCCAUACUCGGUGUCGUCUCCAAAUCUCUUGCAUAUCCCACAGCCGCAUGGUGAGGUGCAGGAGACAGUAGCAGACGAUGAGCACGAAAUACCUCACAGGCAAAGGUCGUUCCGUAGGCGGGUCUCAACCGAGCCUACUAGCUUACCACCGCCUGAGAAUGAGGAAUGGAGACGUCGUAUCCAGGAUUGGAAUGAACAUACAAUCAAAGAGCGCGGGAGGAAGCGACGGGGGAAGUGCAUUGUCAUGUAG